CACAUCACCGGCUCCACAACUUUUGGUUGUCGUGAAACAAGAGGAAGUGGAGGAGCAAGAGGGAGACGCGGCAACACCGACCCCGGAGAGCAAGCGUCAGUCCGAAGAGGAGUCAGAGCCGCCCGAUCCUGGAAUGGAUCAGGAGAGGGGCCCCGAGGAUGUGACCCCCCAGCGACGCGCCAAAGGUGCUCAGCCCUGCCCCUUUAAUUACCCCUGACAAGGAUGAGUUCCUGUUUUCGGACAUGGCUCUGCCCAGGCCCCUCCCCCCAGGGUACUCACUGGAGAACACCCUGGAGUUUGAGAAGUAUCUGAGCAGCCUGACGCACCCCGCCCUCCUCAUACGGGAGCGGCCGGCACGCAGCGAGUUCGACCGCGGCUUCUACGAGAAUUACAGUGUCCACAGCAAGCAGCGCCUGAUGCUGAUGGGGGAGAAGCGCUACCGCUGUGGCGAGUGCGGCAAAGGCUUCACCCGGAAUUCCCACCUGAAGGCGCAUCGCAGGAUCCACACCGGCGAGCGGCCGUACAAGUGCUCCGAGUGCAGCAAGACCUUCAGCGAGAACUCCCACCUGACCGUCCACCUGCGCGUCCACUCCGGCGAGAAGCGCUUCAAGUGCAGCAUGUGCGACAAGAGCUUCAGCGAGAACUCCAACCUCAUCGUCCACCAGCGGAUCCACACCGGGGAGAAGCCAUACAAGUGCCCCGAGUGCGACCUCUGCUUCAGCCAGCACUCCAGCCUGGUGCGGCAUCGGCGUAAGCACUCCGGAGCCCGGCCUUACAACUGCGCCCACUGCGACAAAACCUUCAGCCAGAAGGGUCACCUCAGUAACCACAUCCGAACCCACACGGGCGAGCGCCCCUACAAGUGCCCUGAGUGCGGCAAAUGCUUCAGCGAACACUCCCACCUGACCGGUCACCAGAAGAUCCACACCGGGGAAAAGCCCUACACCUGCGAAAUCUGCUGCAAAGGCUUCAGCAAGAUCUCCAACCUGAAGGCCCACCAGCAGAUCCACACCGGCCACCGACCCUACACAUGCCCCGAGUGUGGCAAGAGCUUCACCCAGCAUUCCACCCUGGUCCGACACCAGCGGGUCCAUGCCAGCAAACUGGACUCCUUAUGGAGGAAGCUGUACCAGGUGGAAGGGACUGCAGUAACUGAGGAACCAAGGAGGAACUGUCCUGCUCCCACUGACCACCUGGGGUCUCGUUGUACGAUGUCCUAUGAAUGUUAAGAAACCACCUGCCUGUCUGAGUUUACCGGGUGACGCCAACUAUAGGCACCACAGCAGGUCACCCAGCUUUCCCAGACACAUGCAUAUAGGCUUAUGUCACUGGCAAAGUGGGUGAUAACCGGUGUAGACCCCACUACAGGUUACCUAGCUUUCCCAAAAUCCUGAAUAUCAAGUUUGUCUAUAGCAAUGUUUUCUAAAGCGGACAGCAGAUUACUUUGUUGCAAUCUGAGGUCCACUGCCUGUUGUUAGGGGAAUUCCAUCUCUAGUAACAGACAGACCAGGAUGGAAUACAAGAAGUGGGGGUGGGGGAUAGGACAUAGAGCAGUGUUUUGCAAACAGGGUGCCUCCAGCUGUUGCAAAACUGCAGCUCCCAGCAUGCCCGGACAGCCAAAGCAGACAGAUCACUUCCCUGUUGUUAAGGGAAUUCCAUCUCUAGUAACCGAGAGACCAGGAUGGAUUACAGGAAGUGGGUGUGGGGCAUAGGCCAUAGACCAGUGUUUUCCAAACAAUGUGCCUCCAGCUGUUGCAAAACUACAACUUCCAGCAUGUCUGGACAGCCGCUGGUCUAUAUUGAUCAAAGUGAUUUGUGCUGAUACUUCGGAAAAGUUAUUGAUUCCCCAGUGGGUUACAUAUAAUGUCCAUUCAGGAAAGCUGGGUGAAGCCAUGACACCUCGGUAAAUGUGAAGUUUCUCCUUUUUACUAUUUAUUUCAGUCUUAUAAUUUAUUCAUUGUCCGGGGCGCUGGUUGUGACGACCCGAGGAGAGCGAAGGGUUAACUGGAUGCAUGUAGAGCCGCACGAUCCCGCACUACAUCAAUAUACACGUUUGGCUCUGCUGGAUGUCCGUGGUGAUUCCGGUGCGGAGGGGUUGUCUUGUCUGUCACACUUCUCUAUGAUAUACGAUGCAGGGGUCUCGGGCUGCUUUACAGCAGAUGUAAAGUGAGACUGCAGGGGGCGAUAUAGGAAACGUUGUACAAUAUGUCAGCGAGACCCUCAACGUCAUCCCGCUCAGAAUAACAGGCACCUCUACUACUACAACACGAGUUACCUCCAGAGCUGCACUCACUGUUCUGCUGUUACAUCAGGUUUUACCCUCCAGAGCUGCACUCACUGUUCUGCUGUUACAUCAUGUUUUACCCUCCAGAGCUGCACUCACUAUUCUGCUGUUACAUCAGGUCUUCUCCUCCAGAGCUGCACUCACUAUUCUGCUGUUACAUCAGAUCUUAUCCUCCGGAGCUGCACUCACUAUUCUGCUGUUACAUCAGGUCUUAUCCUCCAGAGCUGCACUCACUAUUCUGCUGUUAUAUCAGGUCUUAUCCUCCUGAGCUGCACUCACUAUUCUGCUGUUAUAUCAAGUCUUAUAUUCCAGAGCUGCAAUCACUAUUCUGCUGUUACAUCAUGUCUUCUCCUCCAGAGCUGCACUCACUAUUCUGCUGUUACAUCAUGUCUUAUUCUCCAGAGCUGCACUCACUAUUCUGCUGUUACAUCAUGUUUUAUCCUCCAGAGCUGCACUCACUAUUCUGCUGUUACAUCAUGUCUUAUUCUCCAGAGCUGCACUCACUAUUCUGCUGUUACAUCAUAUCUUAUCCUCCAGAGCUGCACUCACUAUUCUGCUGUUAUAUUGUGUCUUAUACUCCAGAGCUGCACUCACUAUUCUGCUGUUAUAUUGUGUCUUAUACUCCAGUCCUUUCCAUUGGCAGAAACAAUUCUGGAAUUAGUUUUCAUAGUUCACUAGAACAAGUGACCAGGAAAUGUUAUCAGAGAGUAAAGCCCCCCCCCCCCCCUCCUCAGGCUCCUCCUCUCCUCAGGCUCCUCCCCCUCUCCUCAGACUCCAGUUGCCUCCAUGCUUCUACACGCCUCAGGGGUCCGAGCUCAGCAAUGAUCAGAAUCCCCAUUCUCUGGAUCAGUUGGGGGGGAGGGGGUGAUCACACCAUCCUCUCUACUGGUGAUCACACCCUCCCCUCUACUGGUGAUCACACCCUCCUCUAUACUGGUGAUCACAUC